AUGAGAGGGCCUCACUGGAGAGUUCCCUGGCUCUGCCUGAGCUGUCUGUAUUCUUGCCUCCUCUUGCUACCUGAUGCUCUAGCAACUCCAUCAACAGAGAAGACACCCACAUCCCUUUACAGUAGCACCAGCACAUCUCAAAUGAGCUCAACAGACUCUACAGACAAAACGAGCAGUAACACUGAGCAAACAUCAACGAUGGUUCCUCAAAGUUCCAGAUCAACAGUGUCUCAGAGCCAACACACGGGAAGCACGGAGACCAGCAGCCAGCCUGAAACAACCACACCCACAGAGGUGACCACAUCAACUCCUUCAGCCUCCUCACUUGACCAAAAUCAGGCGGAUACAAGCUCCCAGGGAACACCCUCUCCUGGUGAGACAACCACCUCACAUGGUAUCAGCCUGAGCACCUCUCCUCCAAGGACAUCAGACAUGUUAACCACAACACCCUCCCCAGAAAGCAGCUCAGUUGACACAGGGAGCACAACUGCAACAACUACUCAAGGUUCUACACCUGCCACCACACAGGCUUCAGUGACACCUUCAACCCAGAAACCCUCAACAUUGUCAACACCCAUCACCUCAACUCAGAAAAUUUCAACCCCUUCUCUGAGUCAACAAACUGGAAGCAUGGAUACCAGUAGCCAAUCUCAAACCACCACAAACACAGAGGUGACCACAAGUGGCCAAACUCUGGCAGAGACAGGUUCCCAGAAACCACCCUCUCCAGAUGCAACAACCACCUCACAUGUGCCCAGUGUGAGCAGCUCACCUCCAAGGACAUCACACAUGUUAACUACUUCAGCCUCCACAGAAAUGACCUCAGUAGACACAGGACAUACAAUGGCAAUAACUACUCAAGGUUCUGCACCUGCUACCACACAGGUUUCAGAGACACCUUCAGCCCAGAAACCUUCAACAGUGUCAACACUCAGCACUUCUACUCAGGAAUUAAUUUCUUCUCAGAGCCAACACACUGGAAGCACGGAGACCAGCAGCCAACUUCAAACAACCACACCCACAGAGGUGACCACAUCAACUCCUUCAGCCUCCUCACUUGGCCAAAAUCAGCCAGAGACAAGUUCCCAAAGAACAAUAUCUCCUGGUGAGACAACCACCUCAUAUACUCCCAGCAAGAGCACUUCAUCUCCAAGUACUUCAGAUAUGUUAAGCACUUCACCUUCCACAGAAAGCACCUCAGUAGACACAGGACACACAACAGCAAUAACUACUCAAGGUUCUACACCUGUCACCACACAGGUCUCACCAACAUCUUCAUCCCAGGAAAUGUCAACAGUGUCAACACCCAUCACUUCAACUCAGAAACUGUCCACCCUUCCUCAGAGCCAACACACUGGAAGUAUGGAGACCAGCAGCAAAACUCAAACAAUCACAACCACAGAGGUGACCACAUCAACUCCUUCAUCCUCCUCAGGUGACCAAAUUCAGACAGAGACAGGAUCCCAGGGAACACCCUCUCCUAGUAAGACAACCACCUUACAUGCUCCCAACCUGAGCAGCUCAUCGCCAAGUACAUCAGACAUGUUAACCCCAACACCCUCCACACAAAGCACCUCAUUAGACACAGGGUACACAACGACAAUAACUAUUCAAGGUUCUACACCUGCCACCACACAGGUCUCAGUGACAUCUUCAACCCAGAAACCCUCAACAUUGUCAACGCCCAUCUCCUCAACUCAGAAAUUGUCAACUCUUCCUCAGAGCCAACACAUUGGAAGCAUGGAGACCAGCAGCAAACCUCAAACAACCACAACCCCAGAGGUGACCACAUCAACUCCUUCAGCCUCCUCACUUGACCAAAAUCAGCCAGAGACAAGUUCCCAAAGAACAAUCUCUCCUGGUGAGACAACCACCUCAUAUACUUCCAGCAAGAGCAUUUCAUCUCCAAGUACAUCAGAUACGUUAAGCACUUCACCUUCUACAGAAAGCACCUCAGUAGACACAGGACAUACAAUGGCAAUAACUACUCAAGGUUCUACACCUGCCACCACACAGGUCUCACAGACACCUUCAUCCCCAACUCCUUCAUCCUCCUCACUUGACCAAAUUCAGAAAGAAACAAGUUCCCAAAGAACAACCUCUCCUGGUGAGACAACCACCUCAUAUGUUUCCAGCAUGAGCAGCUCCCCUCCAAGGACAUCACACAUGUUAACCGCUGCACCCUCCACAGAAAUCACCUCAGUAGACACAGGACAGACAACGGCCAUAACUACUCAAGGUUCUACACCUGCCACCACACAGAUCUUGAUAACAACUUCAUUCCAGAAAAUGUCAACACUCAGCACAUCUACUCAGGAAUUAACAUCUCAGAGCCAACACACCGGAAGCAUGGAGACCAGCAGCCAGCCUCAAACAACCAUCGCCACAGAGGUGACUACACCAACUCUUUCAGGCUCCUCAAAUGAAGAAAUUCAGACAGGCACAGGUUCCCAAAGAACACCCUCUCCUGGUGAGACAACCACCUCAUAUGAUAUCAGCCUGAGCAGCUCACCUCCAAGUACAUCAGACAUCUUAACCACAACACUCUCCACAGAAAGCACCUCAGUUGAUACAGGGAGCACAACUGCAACAACUACUCGAGGUUCUACACCUGCCACCACACAGGCUUCAGUGACACCUUCAACCCAGAAACCCUCAACACUUGGCCAAACUCUGCCAGAGACAGGUUCCCAGAAACCACCCUCUCCAGAUGCAACAACCACCUCACAUAUGCCCAGUGUGAGCAGCUCACCUCCAAGGACAUCACACAUGUUAACCACUUCAGCCUCCACAGAAAGCACCUCAAUAGACACAGGGCACACAAUGGCAAUAACUACUCAAGGUUCUACACCUGCUACCACACAGGUCUCAGUGACACUUUCAUCCCAGAAACCCUCAAUAGUGUCAACACUCAGCACUUCUACUCAGGAAUUAAUUUCUUCUCAGAGCCAACACACUGGAAGCACGGAGACCAGCAGCCAACUUCAAACAACCACACCCACAGAGGUGACCACAUCAACUCCUUCAGCCUCCUCACUUGGCCAAAAUCAGCCAGAGACAAGUUCCCAAAGAACAAUAUCUCCUGGUGAGACAACCACCUCAUAUACUCCCAGCAAGAGCACUUCAUCUCCAAGUACUUCAGAUAUGUUAAGCACUUCACCUUCCACAGAAAGCACCUCAGUAGACACAGGACACACAACAGCAAUAACUACUCAAGGUUCUACACCUGCCACCACACAGCCUGAGCAGCUCACCUCCACGUACAUCAGACAUGUUAACCCCAACACCCUCCACACAAAGCACCUCAUUAGACACAGGGUACACAACAACAAUAACUAUUCAAGGUUCUAUACCUGCUACCACACAGGUCUCAGUGACAACUUCAACCCAGAAACCCUCAACAUUGUCAACGCCCAUCUCCUCAACUCAGAAACUGUCAACCCUUCCUCAGAGCCAACAUACUGGAAGCAUGGAGACCAGCAGCAAACCUCAAACUACCACAAACACAGAGGUCUUGAUAACAACUUCAUCCCAGAAAAUGUCAACACUCAGCACAUCUACUCAGGAAUUAACAUCCCAGAGCCAACACACUGGAAGCAUGGAGACCAGCAGCCAACCUCAAACAACCACAACCCCAGAGGAUUGACCACAAAGUCAGACAAUGACAGAAGCACGGCACACUUGGCCACCUCCUUGACACUUAGUACUCCCAGCACAACCACAGCCUCCAGGUCAACAGUGCCCCCAGCCCCUCCUUCACCAGAUCAGGGCAUUUCCCUCUUCCCCUACGGGCCUGAAGUCGGAGACAGGAAAUUGUUUGCCAGGACUGUGGAUUUUAACUCACCAGUCUUCAAGAUCCAGAUUGGCUUUCCCCUUGGUUCCUCCCUGAGGGAUUCCUUCUACUUUACAGAUAAUGGUCAGAUCAUUUUCCCAGAGUCAGACUACGAUGUCUUCUCCUACCCCAACCCACCUCAAAGAGGCUUCACGGGAAGGGAGCACGUGGCCAUGGUGGCCCCAUUCUGGGGUGAUGCUGAUUUCUCUAGCUCCAGGGGAGCCAUCUUUUACCAGGAAUAUGUCACACUUUACGAUGAACACUAUCAGCUAAUCCGGGAGGUGGAGACUUUGAUUAAUGAGUUCACAAGUAGCUGGGGCUACAAAGCCAAGUGGACACUGAAGGUCACCUGGGUCAAUGUUCCUGCCUAUCCUGCCCAGGGGAGCUUGGGGACCAAUACCUACCAAGCCAUCCUCUCCACAGAUGGGAGCAGGUCCUACGCCCUGUUUCUCUACCAGAGCCGUGGCAUGCGGUGGGAUGUGAUCCAGGGACCAUACAACCGAGUGCUCAUGGGCUUCUCCAGUGGAGAUGGAUAUUUUGAAAACAGCCCGCUGACAUUCCGGCCAGACAUGGAGAAGUAUCGUCCAGAUCGGUUCCUGAAUUCCAAAUUAGGCAUCCGCGGACUGCAGGUCUACAGGCUACACAGGGAGGAGCGGCCCAACUUCCGGCUCAGGUGUCUGCAGUGGCUGGAGAGUCAGCCUCAGCAGCCCAGCUGGGGCUGGAGAGCCAUUUCCUGCCCUUGCUCCUGGCAGCAGGGACGACGGGACUUUCGGAUGUCUGGUCUCUCGGCAGGUUGGUGGGACAGGCAGCUGUGCAGUUUCUCCUCCGGGCAAGGGGGCGUGUGCUGCAGCUAUGGAGCCUGGGGAGAGUUUCGAGAAGGCUGGAGAAUGCACAGUCCUUGGCAGUUUGACGAGGAGCAGGAGGCACAGAACUGGUGCUGCCGCUGGAACGACAAGCCCUCGAUGUGUGUCCAGUACCAGCUCAGGCGGCCCCGCAUUAGCUGCGCUGGGUACAGACCCCUACGGCCCGCUUGGACAUUCGGUGAUCCCCACAUCACCACUUUGGAUAAUGCCAACUUCACCUUUAACGGGCUGGGGGACUUCCUGCUGGUCCAGGCCCAGGACAGAAAUUCCUCCUUCCUGCUAGAGGGCCGCACCGCCCAGACUGGCACUGCCAACGCCACUAACUUCAUUGCCUUUGCGGCUCAGUACAGCAGCAGCAGCCUGAAGUCUCCCAUCACGGUCCAGUGGUUUCUUGAGCCCAAUGACACAAUACGAGUUGUACACAAUAACCAGACUGUGGCCUUUAACACCAGCGACACCGAAGACUUGCCCACGUUCAAUACCACUGGUGUUCUGCUGAUCCAAAAUGGCUCCCAAGUCUCAGCCAACUUUGAUGGGACAGUGACCAUCUCUGUGAUUGCUCUCUCUGAUAUCCUUCAUGCCUCCUCCAGCCUGUCAGAGGAAUACCGCAACCACACACAGGGCCUUCUGGGAGUCUGGAAUGACAAUCCAGAAGAUGACUUCAGGAUGCCCAAUGGCUCCACCAUCCCCUCAAACAGCUCUGAGGAGACCCUUUUCCACUACGGAAUGACUUGGCAAAUCAACGGGACAGGCCUCCUUGGGAUGAGGACAGAUUCUCUGCCUUCCAAAUUCACCCCCAUCUUCCUGUCCCAACUGAAUCAGAGCUCCUCGGGUGAAGACUUGACCUCUGGGUGCAAUGGCGACAGAGAGUGCACGUUCGACAUUCUGGCCACGGGAAACAGAAACAUUGGACAAGGCACCAACUCGAUCCUUAGAGCAUUCCAACACAUGAAUGACACACUCAACCAGUACCCGCCCUCUAUCAACUGCAGCAGCAAGAUCCAAGCCUACAAGGGGCAGACAGUGACCACUGAGAUCACCAGCGACUCUAAGGAUGUCACACUCAGCCUCUCCAACAAGUGUAGUGGCUUUAAGCUCUUUGAAAACGGGAGUUUGCAGUGGACACCAACAUCCCCAGAAGCAUGUACCCUGGAGAUUCUAGCGAGAGACGUCAGGACUAACUUGUUAUCGGUCCUCCAGCCCAAGAUUGUGGCUUGCUUCUGCAGUAGGGAGGACCAGUGUCUGUACCAGGAGACCAGCAAAGAAGGCAAUUCUUCCCUUGAGGUGACCAGCUGCAAGUGUGACGGGGACACCUUUGGCCGCUUGUGUGAACACUCUAAGGACCACUGUGCUGAGCCGUGCUUCCCCGAUGUGCCCUGCAAUCCUGAGACAGGCUGUGAGGCCUGCCCUCCAAACAUGACUGGAGAUGGACGCCAUUGUGCAGCUCUGGAGGACUCUGGACUCUGCCAAAACCAUUCCUGUCCUGUGAAUUACUGCUAUAACCAUGGCCACUGCGACAUCUCUGGGGCUCUAGACUGUCAGCCCACUUGCACCUGUCCCCCUGCCUUCACUGAUAACCGCUGCUUCCUGGCUGGGAACAAUUUCACUCCCACCAUCUACAGAGAGCUUCCCUUGAGGACCAUCAUACUGUCUCUCAGGGAGGAUGAGAACGCCUCUGCAGCUGAUGUCAACGCCUCGGUGGCGUAUGUACUAGAGAACCUGGACAUGCGGGCUUUUCUCUCCAACAGCUUAGUGGAACUGACUCGAACAUCUUCCGGAGCACAGCCCUCGAGCAACUCCAUUCAUCACUGGAAAGUCAUCUCCCACUUCAAGUACCGUCCCAGGGGCCCGCUCAUCCACUAUCUGAACAACCAGCUGGUAGGCGCUGUGAUGGAGGCCUUCCUCCUCCAGGCUCGGAAAGAGAGGCAGAAGCGGAGUGGAGGAGUCAGGAACACCGUCCGCUUCUUCCCCAUCUCCAGGGCAGACAUCCAGGACUGGAGUGCUCUGGACCUAAGUACGCUGGACGAGUACUUCAAAUGUGAAGGCUAUGAAGGCUACCACCUGGUCUACAGCCCCCAGGACGGCGUCACCUGUGUGUCCCCGUGUAACGAGGGCUACUGUCAGAAUGGAGGCCACUGCGAGCACCUACCAAAUGGGCCCCAGUGCAGCUGUGCAUCCUUCACCAUCUACACAUCCUCGGGCGAACGCUGUGAGCACCUAAGUGUGAAACUUGGGGCGUUCUACGGGAUCCUCUUCGGAACCCUGGGCGCCCUCUUGCUUCUGGGGAUCUUAGCGUAUGUGGUCUGUCACUUCUGCGGCUGCUCCAUGCACAAGUUCUCCUACCCUUUGGACUCAGAACUAUGA